AAUAUUUUGUAUAAUGUGAUUUAUUAAAUGGGUUCGCACCAGUAGGUAAGGACGUCCUUUUGACGAAACCAUUUAAAAGAAAUAGGAAAAUUUGUUCGUUCAUUUUGUUAAUUUGUUGCUGUAAGAAUUUGCUGAACAAUAAAUCAUAUAUAUUUCCUAAUUUAUAACUUGUUCUUUACUUCUAUUUUGCAAAAAAGAAUGGCAUUGUGCCUGAAUUUGCUGAGGCGAAGUGGCAGAUUAGGAUUCCAGAAAUACCUUGUAUCAUGCAAUGGUUUUCAAAGAUCAUUUCCUGUGACAACAUCUGCUACAAAGCAUGCAGUUGAGAGUUUUGCAGAAAAGAAUGAGCGGCUGCAGAGACCAUUAUCUCCUCAUCUGACUAUUUAUAGAUUUCCUCUACCUGCUAUGCUCUCCAUAACACACAGGGCAACAGGAAUCGCUCUAACUGCUGGUAUGUACAGUAUAUCCAUUGGAAUGCUUCUACUUCCGGCUAACUUCCCCCACUACUUCGAAGCUCUUCAGUCCAUGCAUAUAGGAACUCCAAUUAUAUUCACCAUGAAAUUUGCCCUGGCAUGGUCCCUCUUUUACCACUCAUUUAAUGGAGUCAGACACUUGGCAUGGGAUUUAGGUUAUGGCUUUGACAUGAAGACCCUCUACAUGACUGGCUAUCUCGUCAUCGGGAGCUCAAUAGCUGCUUCUUUGAUUGCCGCCAUGUUAUAAACUAGGUUUCUUUUUUUAUAUAAAUAAUCUUGUUUUAUUUGGAUGUGUACAUUUAGAUAUAUUAAACAGAUAUGUGUGAUAUUGAUAAA